AUGGUCGACGGCGAGCCCAGAGCUCGGGACUCCGAGGAUCCGAGCCUCGCAAGGCCGAAGAGAAGGGCCCGACCACGACGCUCGGCCUCGUCGGCGGGCUCAUCGGGGUGUGUGGCUCGCUGUGGGUCUUCCUGUGCGGGCUGCAGCUGCUGGGCGAGUCGUUCAAGGCGAUGGGCGGGAAAGGGGCCGGCAGCAUCUUCAGCGGGACAUCUCUGGCAACACCCGACGAUCGCGGGGCUCAUGGUCGGCGUUCUGGCCACGGUGCUGGUGCAGUCGUCGUCCACCAGCACGUCCAUCUCGAAGAAGAAAAGAUUGCAUGAACCUAAGACAUCUCGGAGCUCCGCGUGGACCUCACGGAUUUGCCCCGGGGCCCUCUGGCGGCGCCUCUGGCGCCGGGUCCCUGGCGCCCCCCGCGCGCCGGCGAGGGGAAGCCAGCGCCGAUCCGAGAGAUCCGCGCGAGGCUCUGAAAGUUUAUGCCUCUGCCGUUCUUUCUUCCUCCGCCGUUGUGGUGGGUCUCGUGGGGGCUGGGCAGCUCUCGGUGGAGAACGCCAUCCCCAUCAUCAUGGGGUCGAACAUCGGCACGUCUGUGACGAACACCAUCGUGUCCAUGGGCUUCGCCGGCGACAGGGUGGACCUCCAGCGCGCCUUCUCGGCUGCGACCGUCCACGACUGCUUCAACCUGCUGAGCGUCGCGACGCUCCUGCCUCUGGAGGUGAUCAUCCAGGCAAUUCAGGGCCAGGGCGGGCCGCUGUUCUGGCUGACGGACUGGCUCACCAUCCUGCUCAUGGGCGGCGAGCAGAGCGGCGAGGUCUUCGAUUCCCCCAUAAAGUUGAUCCCGAGGAAGGGAAGCCGAUCCAGGAGAUCUUCUUGAAGAACAACAAGUACGUGAUCUACGCACUGUCCCUCGGCGCCCCCACCCCGAUCCCGUCCGAGGUCGUCAACCUGGAUGCGUGCGAGCCCUUGGCCAACGCGUCCAGGCGCUUGGGGGCUCCCAGCGCGCUUAUCAGCCGGCGCAUGGAAGACGUCUCAGGGGUUCUGCAGGAUUGUUCGAGCGUGUUCUGCAUCGGCGAGGAUUUAGACGGGUACUUCAAGAAGAUCAGCAAGUCCGGCUACAAGACGUUGGUUCAUUGUGACGGCUACGUCACCGUUCCCGCCUCGCCUUGCGCGGAAACUGAAAAAUGCUAUAUCAAUGGCGGAGAGUAUUAUCAGCACCAUGUCUAUGAACACGAGGUCAUCAAGGGAGGGUUAUUGCACCCCUUGGGCGACACGUGGGGUGGGUUAGUGGCUCUCGUUAUCUCCCUGGUGCUUCUGAUACUUGGCCUCUUUAUGGUGACAAAGAUACUGCAUUGGCUGUUCUCGGGCAAGGCAAAGAAGUGCAUCGUCGCGGCAACCAAAUUGAAUAACUACCUCGCGAUGCUCGUUGGCCUCGGCAUGACUCUUGUGGCGCAGUCAAGUUCCGUCGUCACUUCCGCUCUGACUCCCUUCGCGGCUCUCGGCCUGAUCACCCUGGAGAAGAUGCUACCCUUGACCUUGGGGGCGAACAUUGGAACUUGCUGCACCGCCAUGAUUGCGGCUCUCACCGUCUUCAAGUUCAACGCCAUUCACGUCGCAUUGUGCCACCUCUUUUUCAACAUUUUCGGCAUACUCAUCUGGUACCCGGUCCCCUACAUGCGCUCAUUCAUCAUCUUCGGCGCCACCACGCUUGGCCUCUACGCGUCCGAGUUUCGGGCCACCCCGCUCGUCUAUGUCUUCGUCGUCUUCAUAGCGAUCCCUAGUGUCUUGAUCGGCGUCUCCACACUCAUGGAUCGGUCGUUCGCGCUCGGCGGGCUCCUCGGGGCCGCCAUCGUGGUCGGGGCCAUCGCCUUCUCGAUCUGGUGGUCCAGGGUGGGGUGCUACCGCGUGAUCAGCAAGGAGAGGCGGCUCGAGAUCGCCGCGGAGCUGACGCCGACACGAAGAUGA